CCUCUUCUUUUCCCUCCUUCUUCUCCCUUCACUUUACCGAUUCACCUCUCUUUCUCUCUGCCACAUUUCAGUUCCUCAAACUUCACCACCUCCCCUCUCUUUGUUUUGAGUAUUUGGGAAAAGUAUCAGAGACGUUGAAGAUUGCAGGUUCCUUCAGAGAUUAUUAAAAGACUAAUAGCAACAAAGUAAAAAGUUAGGCUUAUGGCGACGGAAUUGUCAGAGGGAGAAGAAGAAGGGAAAGUUACUGGUGGGAAUCAGGUGCUGAUAGUGGAAGAUGACCUUAGAGAAAUGGGGAAAAAGGCUGCCUGGAGUGUAAGCUCUUGCAAGCCCGGCAAUGGCAUCUCUGCCCUCCGUGAUGAGAACCUCGAGACCUAUUGGCAAUCAGAUGGUGCACAACCUCAUUUGGUUAAUAUUCAAUUUCAGAAGAAAGUUAAGCUUCAAUUAGUUGUUCUUUAUGUGGAUUUCAAGCUUGAUGAGAGCUACACACCCAGUAAGAUCUCCAUUCGUGCUGGCGAUGGUUUCCACAAUCUGAAGGAGAUAAAAACUGUGGAACUUGUCAAGCCAAGUGGUUGGGUAUAUCUGUCCUUGUCUGGAAAUGAUCCUAGGGAAACUUUUGUCAACACUUUUAUGUUGCAAAUUGCUGUGUUGUCAAACCACCUGAAUGGGAGGGAUACUCAUGUGCGGCAGAUCAAAGUUUACGGCCCUCGACCGAACCCUAUACCGCAUCAACCAUUUCACUUUACUUCAAGGGAGUUCAUUACCUACUCUUUUGUGAGAUGAGAGAAGCAUGCAGUUGAUAGCCUGAUCAUAUUAAUAACCAUGAGGAUAUAUCUCUAGUCAUGUAUAGUUACAUUUGAUUUUCUCAAUACCAAAGUUGGGUGGGUUUUCAAUUGAUUGUUUUUAGCACGAAUUGGGAGGCCAUUUUUCCUCACAUUCCUGACAUCUUGGGAAAAUUCUAUGGAAUUUUCGUGUUGU